AAAUCCUAAGAUUGCAUAGUUUUACCCUCUUCUCCAGGGUUGCACGUGUACAAAAUCGUGAUCUUGUACUUCCUUAGUCCAAAGUACAUUGCCUCAGUGAUCUCACUGAGCCAUUCACGUGAACAGUUCAUUUUUCACGCAUGAAGGGCUUAAAUUUACCAAUCAGAAGUGUGGAAAAAGCCGCGAAAACCCCUCUGCUCACGCCUCCAUUGAGCUAAGCGACGUCGGAGAUCAAAACAAAGGUAGGGUAAACACUAAGUUGUGUUUUCUUGGACUUUGGCAUCCUCGUGGAGGGGUUUUGAAAUUUGUACGUGAACGGUUCUUGGAGGGAAAAUCAAUUUGUGUUAUGGAUAUUCUCUUGGACGAUGUGGUGCAGGAGGAUGACUUCGAGAUCCCCAAAGAUUUCUCCGAUUUUUUGGAGUUUACUAACCGACUGAACAUCCCGCUUAACGAGGAUUACUUUAGCCAGCUUCAGGCGCGUCGGGUACGUGAAAGUAAAACUACCUUGGGUCCAAGUUUGACCGUGUUUGAACAAGGCAUCAAGAACGGUCGACACUUCUCGAGUGAAUACCAAAAUGAAAGAAGACUACAAAAUGCUUUAUGGAGAGUUUGGUGGCGUCAAACUCGUGCUCGCUUCCACGCUACAGUUAAAGAAAUCCCGGAGGGCGAGGACAUCGUUGGAGAUGUAGUCCCUGAAGUACGAACCAUUGAUGUACGAGGCGAAGAUAUCGGCGAUUUUCCGACUGAAUAUACUAUUUCAGCGCCAAGACCUUAUGAAAUUCCAGUGGUAGGAACAUACAUCGAUAAGAAAAUCGUUCCUGGAUUCGCCUACCGAGUUCGUCGGAACGGAACAAGCGAUUUCUUGUUCAACGGCGAGGCACUCGUCUUAAAAAGCAUCGGAAGAGGUUAUGGUAAAAGACUGACCUUUCACAGCGAUGCUGUUGAAAACGAUAAUUUCUUCUGGUCGGACAGCAACCCCGACGAAGGCUUUGCCUUCUCAAUUCAAGUAAUUUACGAAGGUAAUGAAUUCGACGUUUUGGAUCGCCACGGCCGUAAAGUGGCAGAAACUCGCUUGAUCACUGUUAGCGAUGAACAAGAAAUCAACGACGUUUUGCUUCAGAAACGCGAGAUUGAUAUGGUCGUCUCGGUGGAAAUGGAAUGUUCUCUCAAAUUUUUAUCACUUGACCAUGUUCCGGAGCAUCUCCGCGAUCAAAUCGUCGAUCUAACAACCUCUGGAGCCGCUUUGAGCCGGAAAACCUUAUCCAGUUGGAAGGCAGAAACGGUCGAAAUAAGAAAUGUACACAUUCGUGAUAUCGGAGCUUGUUCCUUUUAUUCUUCUGCCUAAAUCUUGUUAGAAAAUUCUGAUUUACAAGGAUAAGUGUCUCGUAAGAGGCAAGUAGAUCUAAAGGGUGACUAGUGAUUACAUAAGAUCCAUUGAAUAAACUGUUUGCAUUUUUUAUGCAUUAGUAAGGCGAAUCUCCCACAUCAAAAUGGUCACCAAUAUAAAGAAUUUAUAACGAGGUUGGACUAAUCAGAGUAACUUUAGAGAAUUAAGUAAAAAAUUAUGUAAAAUCCAAAAAGUAACUGCCGUAGAAAUGUCCUGAAUGGCUUGUUACAGAGAAUCCUUGAUGCAAAUCUCUAUAAUACUAUUCAAUAGGAAGGAAAACGAAACUUUAGAAGAAGUAACCAUGGUUACUGAAACUGAAAGUUUUCUGUCUGUACAGAGUACACAUAUGUACAGGAUUUGCUCCUGACUGUUACCAAUUUGCAAAUUAUUGGCAUGUCUGUGAGUUAUUUUCACUCCAAAUUCUAAUGUUUGAGAGUGGUAGGAAAUUAAUCAUUUUAUUCCUUCAUAUUGUUUUUAGCUUACCGGUAAAUUCAGAUGUUAUAUAUUUUGAUGUUUUGCAUAACUAGGAGAGAGUAUUAUACUUCAUAAAAGUCAACAAAAAGCAGAGGUCAUCAUAUGUAACUAUUUAACAUGUUAGGAAAUAUCAUGGUUAUUUAAGAUUGAAUUUACUUUUAAAAAGGAAAUAGCUACCACAAAGGAAAUUUAUCAUGUAAAUGCUAUUUAUGUGCAAGAUUUUGUUAAGGUGACUGAUAUUAAUUUGUAAGCCAUAUUUAUGGGUAUUGCAGUCUCAUAGAGACUUCUAAUACCCAUGAAGACUUAAAAUUUGUAGUCAAAGUUAUUUCUUGUCAAGUUAAUGAUAUGGAAGUAACUGUUCCCUAUUCUUGGCAUUUUCCCUGAAAACCACUGAAGAGAAACACAAAAGUAAGAAAACAUUCCUAUUUCUUUGUGGAAAUUAACUUAAGUUGUGGGUCAUAUUGUAAGAGAUAAAGUGUAAGUUAUUUAAAGAAAUCGUUUCUUGACUGGAAAUAAGUGUAUCAUUUGGUAAUUGUUUAAUUUUUAUAUGAGUGGGUACACUUGAUUGUUAAUGGAGAACUACUUAUCUAAAGAAGAGAUGUAAUUUGUCUUAAAGCAGAGAUGAUGGUCACUCUAAAUAAGUGCUCUCAGCUAAAGCUGGGGGCAAAAAGUGAACAUUGAAUACACAAUCCAUUACAGGGUCUUCUUUAUACAGCAGUAUAAUACUUCAAGGACCAGGGGCUUUAGAUUUUUCUUGUAGCAUGAUUGUGUGACCAAAUCCCAUGCCUUAAAUAUGUCACAAAGCAUGGUUUGUUGUUAACAGAUUGGAGAAAAAUUCCUUUCUUGACAGGAACAAAUAUUGCAGACAAA